CUCAAUAGCUGUAUUAACAGAAUCUCUGCACACAGGGCAGAACAGUGCCUUGUCCCCAGGGAAAGGAACUAUUUCAAACACUAAGGAAUCAUCUAAUAUAUGUCAACAUAAUUCUACUGUUGCUUUCCUUAUUUUAAGGAUAGCAGCAUAAAUUUCUCUUUCUUUGCAGCUGAAGAUUAAAUGACACCAAGCAGAAUCUACUGUUAGAUUAGAUUACCAGGAGCCAGCAUUACAAAGGGAAAAUGCAAAAAGCAGCUCUUCUCUGUUAUCUUCUGCUUGUUUCUCUGUGUAUUGAUCUUUCGCAGAACGAACGCAAUGGAAUGCCCAGGAGAACGAGGAGGAGAAUGCGCUACAGAGUAUUAAGAAAGGGCUCCUUAGCAAAUGGUAAACUAAACAAGCGAUCACAAAUCAAAUCCCCAAUCAGAACCACUCCAGUGCCAAGCAUUCCACUUAUUAAUAUUGAUGGUGACAUUACUGGAGUAUUUGACUCUCUUAUUGGUUUGGAUGGACAAGAAUCCAGUUACAAUAUUUUACCAGGAAAGGAAGGACGCUGUUUUGCAAAUGGGAUUAUUAUGUAUGAUAACUCUGUGUGGUCUCCUAAACCCUGCGUUACAUGUCUCUGCUCAAAAGGAAAAGUGUUGUGUGAUGAAACUUUGUGCCAUCCUCUGCCAUGUCAGAAAACCAAGAUACCUGAAGGAGAGUGUUGCCCAGUGUGUACAGAUAUUGUACUAAGUACAACUCCACUAGGUGACUCGUCUGAGUUGUCUGGUGAUUCUCUAGAACCCAAUGACCCUAGUGAUACCAUCGUGUUUGAACUACAGACAGAAGAUGAAAAGGGCGAAAAAGACAAAAAACUAAUUGAAACAAAUGAAAUUAAUAUUAAAGAUAAAGAGAAGAGGAAGAGAAAAAGAAUAAAAAGUCACAAACAGAGCAGAAAACUAGGAGACAUGAAUGGAGAAAUAGAAAACAAGGAGAAAAUGAGAGCAGAGGAAGAAAAAAGAAGAACAUAUGAAGAAGAAGAGCUAAGAAUUGAAGAAGAGCUCAAGCAACAGGAAAAGGAAAAUGUACAGCAAGAAAAUGAACAACAUGAAAGAAGUGAAGAGGAGGAGGAGGAGGAGGAGGAGGAGGAGGAGGAAGAUAUUUUGCGUGGUGAUGUAUUCAGAAUGCCCCCUCGUUUCUCAGUUCCUGAGUCUGCUACUGAAAUCCCGCCUUUGCCAACAGGAUGCUCUAUCCUACACAACACAAUAAGCUGUAUCGAUGCAAAGCUUUCACAAAUACCACCAAUCAUGGAUGCAGAGCUUACAAGUAUAGAGCUUGUCGGGAAUACCAUCACUGCCAUUCCAGAUGCAGCUUUCAAUGGGAUUCCUAAUUUGGAAAGGAUUGAUCUUCGUAAAAAUAAUAUCACUUCAUCUGGCAUAGGUCCACAGGCAUUUAAAGUCUUGAAGAAUCUGCAACGUUUAUAUUUGGAUGGAAAUGCACUAAUUCAUAUUCCAACUGGUUUGCCAUCAACUUUAGAAGAACUUAAAAUAAAUGAAAACCAAUUACAUGCAAUUGAUAAAGACAGCUUUGAAGGUUUAAAGAAGUUGGUGACACUGGAAUUAGAAGGCAACAAACUUAGUGAAGCAAAUGUCAGUCCUUUAGCUUUCCAACCUUUGAAGAGCUUGUCAUAUCUGCGCCUUGCGCGAAAUAAAUUUAGGACUAUUCCACAGGGUCUUCCCCAUUCUAUUGAGGAAUUAUACCUCGAUAAUAAUCAAAUUGAAGAAAUUACAGAAAUUUGCUUUAACCAUACCGCAAACAUAAACACAAUUGUUCUAAGGCACAACAAACUGGAAGAAAGCAGAAUCGCUCCUUUGGCAUGGAUCAACCAUGAGAACUUGGAAUCUAUUGAUCUUUCUUAUAAUAAAUUGUAUCAUGUUCCUUCCUAUCUUCCAAAGUCGUUAGUGCAUCUUGUACUUAUAGGGAACCAAAUUGACAGAAUUCCAGGAUUUGUAUUUGGCCACAUGAGGCCAGGGCUGGAAUAUCUCUACCUUUCGUUCAACAAACUUGAAGAUGAUGGAAUUGACCCUGUGUCAUUCUAUGGGGCAUAUCACUCUCUCAGAGAAAUGUACUUAGAUCACAACCAACUGAAGUCUGUACCACUUGGAAUUGCAGAAAUGAGAUCACUAAAUUUUCUAAGGCUUAACAACAACAAAAUAAGGUCGGUCCCAACAGAGCGCAUCUGCAGAACUAGGUUGGAUAAAGAGGAGGAAAAUGAUUAUGACAGUGAAGAGGAGGAAGAUUAUGAAGAUUCACAAUUAGAACACCUUCAUCUUGAGUAUAAUUAUAUCAAUACAAGAGAACUUUCGCCAUAUGCUUUUUCAUGCGUCAGAUCAUAUUCUAGUGUGAUUCUGAAACCACAGAAAAUCAAAUAAACAUGUUUUCUAUAACAAAACUUAUUUUUAUAUGUAAAUAAUAGUUUUAAAAUAUUUCUUCACCAGCAAGUAAUACCAAAUAACGUAUUAUGAAAGGUAUCUGAGCACUAUUAUUGCUCAAUGUUAUUUAUUGUUAAUGAAGGGGAAGAUGUAACUUUAAAAAUGUCUCCAGGAAACUAGCAGUGCAAAGAUUAGACUUGCAACAUAUUUUGCAGUCCAGGUAAGAUAAAUGUUGUAUGCUAAUAUUCAUUUAAAUGUCAAUCUUAUAAGGGAGCAUAAUA